AUGAAGAAGCUCUGCACCUUUUAUAGAAGGAAGGAUGAGUUCCACAGCCCGGGCUACGACCUUCGAGAUAAUGAUUUAAAGAAACUUCACAAAGCCGCAUCAGUUGGGGAUUUAGAGAAGGUGAAGGAGUACCUUCAGCUCAAGAAACAUGAUGUGAAUGUGCAAGACAGAGAAUACAGAACACCUUUGCACCCUGCCUGUGCUAAUGGAUAUUCAAAUAUUGUAUCUCUCUUAAUUGAGAAACAAUGCAUAAACGUCUGGGAUAGUGAAAACAGAUCUCCAUUGACUAAGGCAGUACAGUGUGAAAAGGAGAAUUGUGCUACUAUUCUUCUAGACCAUGGUGCAGACCCAAAUCUGGUGGAUUUAGAUGGCAGUACUGCUCUUCAUUAUGCUGUCUGUGGUCAAAGUGUCUCAUUAGUCAAAAUUGAACACAGAGCUAAUCUUAAAGCUCAAAAUAAGGAUGUGUAUACUCCACUUUUACUUGCCAUUACUGAAAAUAAUGCAGAAAUGGUAGAAUUUCUUCUGAAGAGAGGGGUAGAUGUGAAUGCUUCAGAUGAGAAUCAAAAAACAGCCCUUAUGAUUGCUCUCGGUGAUGGACUAACAAGUUUAGUCAGUCUUCUUCUGCAAGAAGCAGACCUGUCUUGCCUAGAUAUUUAUGGAUUCACUGCUGAGGAAUAUGCUUCCUUAAAUGGUUUUACUAUCUAUCAUCAAUUAUUUGCUAAUUAUGGAAAGGAAAAGAAAGUUAAACAGAUGUCUAACUCUGAGGAUACAACUUUGGGCAAUACAUUUGAUGCAGAAGAACCAAAGGAAGACAAUAGUCUUGUGGAGCAUCGUAGAGAGGCCCUUACAACCACGGUUCCCGUCGUCCUUGAAGGUUCCCACGUCCCAAGUGUGGUGUGGAUGCAACAGCGGCCAGAGGAGCAAGCUGACUGGGAGAAUGAUUGUCAGUACAGAUUGGUUGCUAAUGAUCAAAGUCCUACCCGGACCUUUGCAUAA